GGGGGCGCCCGCGCGGGCGGCAGGCGAUGCCGGGGCCGCCGCACGGCGCGGAGGCGGUGGGCGUGCAGGGCUUGGGGGAGAAGCUGGCCCAGCUGGUGCAGAGCUCCCCGCGGGCCAAGGGGAAGCUCCUGCUGAACCUGACCACCGGGAAGCUCGAGGCGAAGGGCACCCGGAGAGGGGCGGCCGCCCCGCAGGCCGCCGCAGCCGGCGCCCCCGGCUCGCCGGACUCCGUCAGCGUCCACAGCGGGGGGGCGGAGGCCGAGGCGAGCGAGGACGAGCAGGAGACGCGGGGCCCCGUGGCCGUGUCGGACGCGCAGUCGGGCUCCCUCUCGGCGCCCGCCUCGCCCCCCGCCGCGGUGUCGCCCUCCCCGGCGUCCUCGGAGGGGCUCGCGGACGUCGCCGAGGUCGAGCCGCGCCCCGAGGGCGCUGCGCUGGCCGACGAGGCGGCGUCCCAGGGCGAGGAGGCGGCCGCCUCCUCGUCCUCGGGCCAGCUGCCCGAGUCGCCCUCGGCGUCGCCGAGCCUGGACCCCCGGCUGGCGCGCCCGCGGAACAUGCUGGCCGCUGCAGCGGCGCGGCCGAAGGCCAGGGCUGCCGGCACGCCGCCCGGGUACCGGCCGCCGCGCCCGCCCCCGCCGCCGACCCCUGGCUGGGCGGCCGGCUCGUCGCCGCCUCCGCGCCGCAGGGUCCGCCGC